CACGCCUCCUCCUCCCCUGCCUAGGAGCGCCCUGAGUUUUCCUGGUUACUGUUGAGCUGGCUGGGUGCCCUGACACUUCACACUCCACCGUGCGUGCGUGCCCACCGAGCGAGCAAGGCGUCCCACUGGCCGGUGCAUGGCGGGGGUCAGAGUCACCAAGGUAGACUGGCAACGCCCGAGGAACGGCGCUGCCCACCGCACCGAGGAGUACCCCUGCCCUGAGCUGGUGAUUCGCAGGGGCCAGGUGUUCGGCCUCACGCUGGAGGUGAGCGGAGACCCGGACAGCGAUGAGAACUUCAUCUUCACGGUGGAGACAGGACCCCGGGCUUCCGAGGCCUUCCACACCAAAGCCGAGUUCGAGACGUCGGAGCUGCAGGUGAGUGCCGCCUGGACGGCCGUGAAGGAGGCCCAGACGGAGAGCACCGUGGCCGUCAGCCUCAGCAGCCCGCCGGACGCCGCCAUCGGCCGCUACCUGCUGAGCGCCAGGGCUUCCUCUCGCCGCAAGCACAGUGACCGGAAGCUGGGCGAGUUCAUCCUCCUCUUCAACCCUUGGUGCCCAGAGGACGAUGUGUUCCUGGACUCCGAGGAGGAGCGACAGGAGUACGUGCUCAAUGACAGCGGCGUCAUCUUCCGGGGCGUGGAGAAGCACAUCCGAGCCCAGGGCUGGAACUUCGGGCAGUUUGAAGAGGACAUCCUGAGCAUCUGCCUCGCCAUCCUGGACCGAAGCCCCAGUCACCAAGCCUACCCAGCCACUGACGUGUGCCGGCGCUGCGACCCCGUCUACGUCACCAGGGUCAUUAGCGCCAUGGUGAACAGCAACAACGACCGGGGCGUGGUGCAAGGCCAGUGGCAGGGCAAAUACGGCGGCGGCACCAGCCCCUUGCACUGGAGCGGCAGUGUGGCCAUUCUGCAGAAGUGGUUCAAGGGCAGAUUCAAGCCCGUCAAAUACGGCCAGUGCUGGGUCUUCGCUGGAGUCAUGUGCACAGUCCUCAGGUGCCUGGGGAUCGCGACACGCAUCGUGUCCAACUUCAACUCAGCCCAUGACACGGACAGGAACCUGAGCGUGGACAAGUACGUGGACUCCUUCGGGCGGACCCUGGAGGACCUGACAGAAGACAGCAUGUGGAAUUUCCAUGUCUGGAACGAGAGCUGGUUUGCCCGGCCGGACCUGGGCCCCGCUUACAAUGGCUGGCAGGUUCUAGAUGCCACCCCCCAGGAGGAGAGUGAAGGCGUGUUCCAGUGUGGCCCGGCCUCAGUCACUGCCAUCCGGGAAGGCGAUGUGCACCUGGCCCAUGACGGCCCCUUUGUGUUUGCGGAGGUCAACGCCGACUACGUCAUCUGGCUGUGGCAUGAGGACGAGAGCCGGGAGCGCGUGUACUCGGAUACGAAGAAGAUCGGGCGAUGCAUCAGCACCAAGGCAGUGGGCAGCGACUCCCGUGUGGAUAUCACAGGCCUCUACAAGUACCCAGAAGGGUCGCGGAAGGAGCGGCAGGUGUACGGCAAGGCUGUGCGCAAGCUGUUCGGGGCCGAAGCCCGUGGGAAGCGCGCACGGGCCCGCAGGAACGCCGGGCGAGCUCUGUGGCGAGACGCCCUCCUGGAGCCGGCCCCCUCGCCCAGCAUCACCGGCAAGUUCAAGGCGCUGGAGCCGCCCGUGCUGGGCCACGACCUGAAGCUGGCGCUGUGCCUGACCAACCUCACCGCGCGGGCGCAGCGCGUUCAAGUCAAUGUGAGCGCUGCCACCAUCCUCUACACCCGAAAGCCGGUGGCGGAGAUCCUGCAGGAGUCGCAUGUGGUGAGGCUGGGCCCCCAAGAAGGACGCAGCCCCAGUCAGCGUGGCCCUAGAGGUGCACCCCUGACCCAGGCCAGGGAAGGAACAGAGCAGCCCAGAGUAUUGGACCCAGCACCUACUUGCUCAGCCGCUGUCCUUGUGGGUAGCCCACGCCACUAUGCCUGACUUGCCCAGCCGAUGGCCCAUUUGCCUACAGAUCACCCUUGGGGUCUCACAGCCAAAGAGAAUGGCCUCAAGUCUUUCAAUGUUUGCAUAAUUUUUAUAAAGACUUAUUUAUUUAUUUGAGAGGCAGAGACAGAGAUCCUCCAUCCGCUGGUUCACCUCUCAAAUGGCUAACAGUGGCCAGAGCUGGGCUGAUCCGAAGCUGGGAGCCAUGUGAGUUCAGGGGCCCAAACACUUGCGCCAUCUUCCAUUGCUUUCCCAGGCCAUAGCAGAGAGCUGGAUUAGAAGAGAAGCAGCCGGAACUCAACCCAGUGCGCAUAUGAAAUGCCAGGUGCUACAAGCAGAGGUUUAACCUACUAUGCCAUUGUGCCAGUCCCUAUUUGAAUAAUUUUAACUAACCUUAUUCCAUUUGCUUUUUUUUUUUACUUUCAAGAUUUAUUUCAUUUAUUUGAAAGGCAGAGUUACAGAGAGGAAGAGAGAUAGAAAGGAAAAGAGUAAGAGAGAGAGAAUAUCUUCCAUCCACUGGUUCACUCCUCAAAUAAACAGCUGGGGCUAAACCAACCUGAAAGCUGAGGAAGACGGCCCAAUUCCUUGGGCCCCUGCACCCGUGUAGGAGACCCGGAAGAAGCUCCUGCCUCCUGGCUUUGGAUCAGCCCAGCUCCGGCCAUUGCAGCCAUCUGGGGAGUGAACCAGCAGAUGGAAGAACUCUUUCUCUCUCUCUGCCUCUGCCUCUCUGUAACUCUGCCUUUCAAGUAAACAAAUAAAUCUUAUUGAAAAAAAAAAAAAAGAAAAGAAAAAGCAAAUGGAGAAGCCAGCAUUGUGGCGUAGUAGGUAAAGCCACUGCCUAUGACAUUAGCAUCCCAUGUGGGGUCCUGUUCAAGUCCUGGCUGCUCCACUUCCAAUCCAGCUUCCUGCUGAUGCACCUGUGAAAGCAGCAGCAGGUGGCCCCAGUGCUUGGGCCCCUGCACCCACAUGGGAGACCAGGAAGAAGCUCCUGGCUCCUGGCUCCGGAUCCACACAGCUCUAGCCAUUGCAGCCAAUUGGGGAGUGAGCCAGCAGAGGGAAGACCUCUCGCUCUCGCUCUCGCUCUCGCUCUCUCUCUCUCUCUGCCUCUCCUUCUCUAUGUAACUCUGACUUUCAAAUAAAUUAAUAAAUAUUUUUUAAAGAAAAAUUAUUUCAAGGAACUUGUUCAUGAUCCUUGAAUAUAGCACUAAAGAUAAGAUUUACCCAGUAGAGCCCAUUGGAUUAUUCCUGCUUCCUUUUCCUGGCUUGUUUGUCUUUCUCUACCUCAUUUCUGUCUCUCUUCCCUCUCUCCUCUGUCUCUCUUCGUCUCUCUCAGCCCUUCCCUCCUUCCCUCCCUCCCUCCUCCCUCCCUCUCUCUCUCUCUCAUCUCUGUCUCUCUUUCUCUCUGCCUCUGUGUCUCUUCAUCUCUCUUCCCCCUCCCCCGUCUCUGUCCCGUAACUUCUAAACUCAAGGAUUCAAUUAAACAAAGAAGUCCUCGGUCUGUGCCAGUUCCUGUUGAGUGAGGCUUGCGGGCUUGACAGGGCGUGAAAGCAUGGGAAGGAGGUGUCAUACAGUUUUUAGCUUUUUUCUCAUUUAUUUUUCACAAAAUCUAAAUCACAAAUAACACUUCAUAAUGAAAUAUUAAUUAACAUACUCUUUCCCCUGGCUUUUAGCAAUUAAAAGUAAUACAUAUUCAUUAAAGAUUUCAAGAGCAAACGAGAAAACUCACCUACAGUUCUACCACCCACCUACAAACUGUGAAUGUUUCCCUUCCAAAGUUUUAAUGCGUAUUUGCUUUUUGAACAGUGCAGUUCUGAUUAAAUAUUGCAACUACUCCCUAGUGGCCUGCUCUUUUCAUAUUACACUGUAAUUUAAAUAUUGUAAGCUCUUUAUAAACAUCACUUUAAUAGAUGUAUAAUCUUCAAAUAAAUAAAUGGCUGUUUAUCUUUUCUUCUUUGGGGUGGUUAUCAGCUUAUUGCUAUUAAAAAUAACACUGAAGUAAACAUCUUGGUGCCAAAGACCCUCCAUUUUUUUCUUCUGGCUCUUGCAUUAUCUUGUUAGGUUAGACUCACAAGAAGGAAUUCUAGAGCCAAAUGGUACGACUACUACAACAUGUACUGUAUUUUAACCUUUCUUCUUUUUUAAAUUGGUUUCUUUUUUUAGCAGUUUUAGAACAAUGGAGGGGAAAGUACAGGGUUCCCUGCACCCCUCAUCACACCGCUCUUUCCUGUUACAAACACUGAGUGGGACAUGUGUUACCACUGCUGAGUCGACACUGCCACGCUAGUAGCACCAGUCUUUGGCUUACGUGAGUGCUCACUCUGUGUGGCGUGUUCUGUUGCGGCUUGGCAUAAUAGCCACACGUGGAGAAUCAUCCAGAACACUUUCACUGCCUGGAAUAUUCCCUGUGCUCCACCUCCCCACCCCUUUUUCCUGGACACCCCACCCCUAGGACCUCUGGUUCUUUUGCUGUCCCCCUAGUUCCGCCUCGCCUGGACAGUCUUACAAUUGGAAACAAUGUGCAUUUAAGGUUCCUCCAUGGUUUUUUGUGUCUUGAUAGCUCAUUUUUUUUAUCACUGACGAGCAUUCAACUAUGUGGGUGGACACAGUCUGUCUACUCAUCCACCUGCUGAAAGACUCCUGGGUUGCGUCCAACUUUCGGCAGUUAUGAAUAGAGCUGUUGCAAACGUGCGUGUGUGGGUUUUUGUGUGGACAUAGUUUUCAGUUCUCUCGGGUAAAUACCAAGGUCAGCUGCUGGAUCACAGCGUGAGAGCAGGUUUAGUUACGCGGAACUGUCUUCCAAGUGGCUGUACCGUUUUGCAUCCCCACCGGCAGUGAAUGGGAGCACCUCAGGUUCCAGGUCCUGUCCAGCAGGUGCCCUUGUGUGUUGUGCAUUAUUGCCGUUUCAGUACAUGUGUGAGCGUAGCCCAUUACUUUUUUAAUAUGCAAUUUCCUAAUGAUGUAUGACGUUGCUCAUCUUCCCAUAUGCUUAUCUGACGUUGGAAUAUCUUCUUUGGCGAGGCGGCCAGAUCUUUUGCCCGUUUUUAAAAUUGGGUUGGUUGUUUUCUUAUUGCUGAGUUUAAAGAGGUCUUCGCGUGUUUGGGAUAACAUCUUUGAUUAGAUACAUCUUUCGCAAGUGUCCUCUCCCAGGCUGUGGCUUGUCUUCUCAUUCUCUUCCCAGUGGUUUCUCUUUUUUUGUAGAACAGUUUUGAAUUUGAAUAAAUUCCAACUUAAUUACUUUUCUUUCAUAGAUUGUGCCUUUGAUGUUGUAUUUAGAAAAUCAUUACCAGGCCAGCACCACGGCUCACUUGGCUAAUCCUCUGCCUGCGGCACCGGCACCCCAGGUUCUAGUCCCAGUCGGGGCACCGGAUUCUGUCCCGGUUGCCCCUCUUCCAGGCCAGCUCUCUGCUGUGGCCUGGGAAGGCAGUGGAGGAUGGCCCAAGUGCUUGGGCCCUGCACCGCAUGGGAGACCAGGAGGGAGCACCUGGCUCCUGCCUUCGGAUCAGCGCAGUACACCAGCCGUAGCGGCCAUUUGGGGGAUGAGCCAACGGAAGGAGGACCUUUCUCUCUGUCUCUUUCUCACUGUCUAACUCUGCCUGUCAAAAAAAAAAAAAAAGAAAAGAAAAAGGCUGCCUUGUCCCCAUUGUGUUGCCUUCACUCUCAACAAGGAUGUCUGACCAGUGGUUCAGAUACCGGGGAGGCCUGGCUUCCGUUCCCGGCACGGGCUGCAGACACCAGCUUCCGCUAAUGCAGUGGCGGUUUAAUAAUUGGGCUCCCGCCACACAUGUGAGAAACAUGGAUCGCAUUCCUGGCUCCUGGUUCUGACCCUGGCCCAUCCCUGGCAUCUAGAGAGAGAACCAGUGAAUGGGAGUGCGCCGUCUCUCUUCUGUCUCAAAUAAAUUUAAAGUUUCUCACAAACAGAUCAGUUGACUGUGUUGGUCUAUUUCAGAACUCUUUUAUGUUCUACUGAUCUAUUUGCUUAUUUCUCUUUAGUUUUCUUGUAUUUUCCUUGUCUGGUUUUGGUAUCAGGGUAAUGUUAGCCUCACAGAUUGAGUUAGGAAGGACUCUUCCACUUCCAUCUUUUGGAAGAGAUUGUAGAAGAAUUGGUAUAAUUUUGUAAAAUGCUUGGUAGAAUUCACCGGUGAACCCACCUGGUACCUGGGGUUUCCUGUUUGGGAAAGUUAUUGAUCACUCAUUCCAUGCCUUUAAUAGACAAAGGCCUGUUCAGUCUUUUCCCGUUUUGGCAGAUUGUGCCUUUCAAGGAAUCGAUCCAUUUCAUGUAGGUUUGCACAUUUGUGGGACAGGGUUGUCCAUCAUAGGCCUUUCCUGUCUCUUUAAUGUUUGUGGACUCUGCAGUGGAUGUCCCUUUUGCAUUUUUGAUGUGAGUAAUUUAUGUCUUAUCCUUUUUUUCCCCCUUAACCUUGUUAGAAGCCUAUUGAUUUUUCUCAAGGAACCAGCUUUUGGUUUUAUUAAUUUUUGCUGUUGAUUUUCGAUUUCAGUGACCUCUGCUCUAAUUUUGUUAUUCCUUUGCUGUGCUUAUAUCUAACUUGCUCUCCUUUUCCUAGUGUCCUGAAAUAGAAGCUUAGAUUGUAGAUUUUCAAUCUUCUUUUCUACUCUAGGCAUUGAAUGCUCUGAAUUUCCCUCUAAGCACUUAUACUACAUAGUGUACAUUUUGAUAAAUUUUAUUUUCAUUUCUAUCUAAAUGUUUUUCAAUUUCUCUCAAGGUUUCUUCUGCAGCACACAUAUUCAAAGAGUGUGUUGUUUUAACCUCCAAGUAUUUGGGACUUUCUAGCCAUUUUUCUGUUAUUUCUAGUUGAAUCCCAUUCUCAUCUAGGGGCAUACACUGUAUAAGUUCUGGUUUUUCAAGGUGGUUAGUUUGUGAUUUGUGGCUCAGAGUGUGGCGGAUCUUGGUGAAUCUUCCACGUGAACUUGAGAAGACUGUAUACUGUUGCUGGUGAAGUAUUCUAUAGAUGUCAGUCACAUCCUGUGGAUCGAUGGCACUCUUAGGAAGCGCUGACCUAGGGAAGGGGUCUGCUUCAUUCAUACAGUGAGUGGAGCCCACCGCCAAAAGAAAUUCAAGAAGCCGUGGACUGCAUGUUAUAAAGGGCUGCCUUCCUCCUCCUCCUCCUCCUCCAACUCCUCCUCCCCCUAAACUCCUGCCCCAAGCUUUGCCCAAGCAACUCAUUGGUGGCAGAUGUGGUCUUCACACUGGAGCCUAAGGUUUGCACUGGUCCAACUUCCCAGGUGAUGCUGAUCCCGCCGGUCCCAGGACCACACCUGCAAGGCAUCAGUGAUGUACUGUACAGAAAGCAUUUGCUGUCGUUCCUACCACCCAACGAACAUUUCAUUUUUGGUGGUGAUUGGCAGCAUUUAUAAUGUUAUUAUGAGGGGUGUAGUGAUAAUUUCAGCUCAAGGGAGUGUUGAUGAUUAACUGAAAUAAUCCAUGACAAUGCCUAGUACACUUUAAUCCCUUAGUUAAUUAUGAAUGUUAGCCUUUGUAGUUAUGAAUUUUGCUGUUGUUGUAGCAAAGUUCCUUUCAAUAAUGACCUUCUGGGCUAAGGGAGCCCAUAACGCAAGGUGAUACUGUAACACGCAGCUCCACCUCCUGGCCUCUACAGGCAUCUACCCACGGGCAGAGCGCUGUGGGGACUGACAGCAUGGGCAAGCUCAAGCCCUUUAAAGACCUUUUCUACAAGUUGAAGACUUGAAGGGGAGAAAAUGCAAAUCAAGGAAGCAGCAGCAGUACAGCAGGGGAUGGUCAGGCCUGGGGCAAACCAGAAGGGACACGUCGCACCUGAGAGCAGGUUUCUGUACUGUGCAAAACAAAGCCCAAAUAUGAAUGAGAGUCAGAAUGGCUCGUGCUGACUCACAUGCACACGAAGAGAAUACACAGGCAGGGGCGUGUGCAGUGGUGGGAAGGAGCCAGACAUGACCAGGACCCCAGGAGCUCAGAGAGAGGGGGGAAUCACAAAAGGCUGCCCGCCACUGGUGCAGCUGAUGAGGGCGGGGCCUUCACGGAGCUGGGUGUGGUUUGGAGAAGUUGCAAGGAAGUUGGUGGUGCUGGAUUGGAAGCUUGGACAGGCCUUUGGUCUCCCUCUUCUCUAUACCUGCACACAGUAGGUGCUCAAUAAACAGUGAGUGACUUCCUGGUGGGUUCAGUGCUUGAUGGGCUGGUUGCUUGAUGGUUGGCGUCCCUCUUAAAAUGAUCAGAAAAAAGUUAGCCACAUCUCCGGGAGCUCUGGGAAAGACAUGCUGGUGUCAGGGCAGUGUACUGGCCUGAACGGCAUCCCCUCCUCACCUUGGCCCCGUGACUGUGGGCCGGAAAUUGCCCUCUGUGGGCCAUGCCUUCUUCACCUGUGAGGACCAGAGAGGAUACAGCUGUCGGGUGGGCGUCCCCUUCUCCUUCCAGCUCCCAUCAGGAACUCCAGCCCCCAACUCCCUCCUCUGCCUCCCCUGCAGAGAAGAAGAUCCCGAUUGUGAUCGCUUACUCCCAGUACAAAGAGGACCUGACAGAGGACAAGAAGAUCCUGCUGGCUGCCAUGUGC